GCCAUGGCACCUGUGGUCACAAUCGGCCAGGACCGCCAGGUCUCUGAGGCCUCGACCCCGCCCACUCCCGCUUCCCGAGACCUGAGGAGGGCCUUCCUGCCCUUCGGGGCCCACACACCCACGGAGGCACUCCAAGCUUCUGGGCACUCUGUGAGGCGAAGGCCAGUCCGAGUCAAACCAGGAGGCCUCAGGCAUUGGUAGACUUGUCAGCCGGGGAGCAAAGAAGCCGCCUCCUCGACAAAGAAUACAGGAGCCAAGCUGCAGCCUGCACUGGGGAGACCCUUCCUGUCCUGUGAGACCCAAGGACGAUAAUGAACGAGGUGAAAGAGACCCUCCGCAGCAUCGAGCAGAAGUACAAGCUCUUCCAACAGCAACAGUUCACCUUCAUCGCAGCGCUAGAGCACUGCCGGGAGAAUGCUCAUGACAAAAUCCGGCCCAUCUCCAGCAUUGGACAGGUGCAGAGCUACAUGGAACACUAUUGCAACAACUCUACAGACCGGAGAAUUCUGUUCAUGUUCCUGGACAUCUGCUCAGAGCUCAACAAGCUCUGCCAGCACUUUGAGGCCCUGCACUCCGGCACCCCCGUCACCAACAACCUUCUCGAGAAAUGCAAAACUCUGGUUAGCCAAAGCAAUGACCUGAGCAGCCUCAGAGCAAAGUACCCGCAUGAUGUAGUGAACCAUCUCAGCUGUGAUGAAGCCAGGAACCACUACGGAGGCGUGGUCAGUCUUAUCCCUCUAGUCCUGGACUUAAUGAAAGAGUGGAUUGCUCAUUCUGAGAAGCUUCCUCGUAAAGUGCUGCAGCAUGUGAGUGAGGUCCUGGGUAGCCAGGGAGCCGCUGCAGCAACCACUAUCAGACCUGCCCAGCCAUGGUUAGGAAAACACAAUUAUAGGCAGCUUGCAAAAGAGAGCCUCAAAUCUAGGGGGAAAGACAAAGGCUCCCGGAUCCCUCCCUGGAGACCACCCGGUGGGAAAUUGUAACUCAAUGUCAACCUUGGCUUCCACGGUUCAUCCAUUCUUACUGGGGGCCAAUACAUAAUUGAGAACCUCUCUCUCUCUUGCUUUUCACUUCUAACCUCCGUGUUGAUGAAAGGGAUCCUUACUCAUGGAGCUGCCCAAACAAUGUGGUGUUGGUAGGGCGUAUCCCAGAGGAAGGGUGCUGUGCUGAUGCCCAGGCCUCCUGCCCAUGUUGUGGCCUCUGGCUCUGUAGUGAGCAACUGGAGCAACUUAGCUCCUUGUCUUGACAAGGGCAAGACGGAGAUGAGCUGCAAGGUGUCUCAUGAACAAGUCAGGAAGUAGGGAUCAGGAGGCUGAACUCACCUGUGUUCAGUUCCCUGGACCAAACCAAGGGAUGAAUGCUCUCCUUAGUUGGGAGCGCGAGAGCAUGGCAGAAGUCAGAAUUUGUGGCUCUUGAGCAAGACAAUGGCCUGGUCCCUGUAGCAGUCUAGUCUAACCACACUAAAUGUAUACUCCUGGCUUCUCUGCCCGCCAGAAGUGAGCUCUGACUGUUGGUUUUUCCCUUCACAGGGGACGACUUAGCUUCUGUAUUGUGCUUCCUUGGGGGGAGACAUUCAAGAAUAAAGUGUUCUACCACUUCUC